AUGACAAAGCCGCGGCGCCGGCGAGGAUUUCAAUUCCGGCCCUGGGGCAAGAGACCCGGUCGCACCGAAAUAACCGAGGUCCGCAAAAACGGCAGUAGAAUAGGCGAAGCGGCCGAAGUCGUCAAUGAGGCCAUCGUCAUCGCCAGGAAUUUUACAAUAUUUCGCCCAGUCGGGGCCGUUUCCCACCAGUGCCACCAACGGUUUUCGGAAGGUGGGAACGAAGACCUUUUUGUUAUUGUGGAUAGAAGCACUGGAGCUUCAGUACCCGUAUGGGCACUGCCUACAAGAGAUGGCGCGUCGAUACAGCCAGCAAUGACGGAACCCGCAUCGUUGCAACCAAAAAUUGUUCAACAGGGUCUAUCUGAACUUCACGAGUAUCCCACCCCCAACUCGGCGGGGAUCAUGCAGAUCGAGGUGACGCUCUCCUACGGGUUGCGCCCCGGCUGGCUGACUACGAUUGAGCAAGCCGUUGUUCACUUCUAUUCAGGAAAUCCCAAUCGAUCCGGGCAAGAUGCGAAUUCUAUUGCCGAGUACCUGGAGCGCAAACUCGGCGGCUUCUGGUCGGUGCUUGUCGUCGAUGAUCCGGCCAGCGCGGCCUUCACCGUCAGCCGGCAACCCAUUUAUGUGAUGCUCCAGAUCAACGGCGGUGAAGGCCUGUUAAUAUCAAGCACUGGUGCGCCAGGGAUGCGAGCGUAUGAGAUUCCAUUCCGACAGGGCGCCCGUCGCCGA